ACUCUCCGGCCCCAGCGAGGUGGCUGCAAACUCGCGGGCACGCACCGCGCUCGGGGAGCCAAGGGACUCGGGGGAGGGGACGCGCGCGGAAGGCGCCAGCUUCCUCUCGCCCGCCCCUAGCAACAGCCAGUCGAGGUUCGAGGCACCCGGGGCCCCAGCACGGCAGAGCCGAGGGGUGGCGGCGGCGGUUGCUUCCCUUUUCUCCAGCCGAGCCCUGGAACGACUCAGGGACUGGCCCUAAAAAGAGCAGGAAAUCUUGUUUACCGCCCGGAGAGAGGAGCCGUUCGAGCCUUUGUCUGGAAAGUCUGCAUCUCCGGAUCCGGCUGCAAUGUGUUCCUGGUGACAUUAGCACUGGGCAGACCGGUCGGAGGAGGCGGGUAGCCAGGGUCUGCUCUGCUUUCAAAGGCGGAUCGAGAGAGUGACUUUUAUGCAUUUGUUUUAAUUUUUGGAAAUUUAUUUUUUUCCCCUCCCUCGCUCGCUGCCGGGCAUGUCCUGAUCCGGCGGCCGCUCCUACCGCCCCAGGCUGCCGAUCGUAGCGUUUCCAGCGGGUCUCCCUCCCUCACUCCCGACUUUGCAACACCGCGUUCCGGGAGGACCGACCUCGGCGAGGAAGGAGGCGGGGGAGCCACGAACACCGGACCCAAACCUUGACAUGCUCUCGGGAGGAGAGGAGGAAGCCAGGAGCUGAGCGCACCGCGAAGGCUGCUUCGCCGCGGGUUCCGAGGAGCGCCCUGCCUUGCGCCUGGGCGGCAGCCUUGUUAGUCUGGGGGGGCGCCCCCCGCUUCCCGCCUCGGAGGUCCGCGGCCGGCAGGACCAUGCUGCUGAAGGAGUACCGGAUCUGCAUGCCGCUCACCGUGGACGAGUACAAAAUUGGACAGCUGUACAUGAUCAGCAAGCACAGCCACGAACAGAGUGACCGAGGAGAAGGGGUGGAGGUCGUCCAGAAUGAGCCCUUCGAGGACCCUCACCAUGGCAAUGGGCAGUUCACGGAGAAACGGGUGUAUCUCAACAGCAAACUGCCAAGUUGGGCUAGAGCUGUCGUCCCAAAAAUAUUUUAUGUGACAGAGAAGGCUUGGAACUAUUAUCCCUACACAAUUACAGAAUACACAUGUUCCUUUCUGCCGAAAUUCUCCAUUCAUAUAGAAACCAAGUAUGAGGACAACAAAGGAAGCAACGACAGCAUUUUUGACAAUGAAGCCAAAGACCUAGAGAGAGAAGUUUGCUUUAUUGAUAUUGCCUGUGAUGAAAUUCCAGAACGCUACUACAAAGAAUCCGAGGAUCCUAAACACUUCAAGUCAGAAAAGACAGGACGGGGACAGUUAAGGGAAGGCUGGAGAGAUAGUCAUCAGCCCAUCAUGUGCUCCUACAAGCUGGUGACCGUGAAGUUCGAGGUCUGGGGGCUUCAGACCAGAGUAGAACAAUUUGUGCACAAGGUGGUUCGAGACAUCCUGCUGAUUGGACACAGACAGGCUUUUGCAUGGGUUGAUGAGUGGUAUGAUAUGACAAUGGAUGAUGUUCGGGAAUACGAGAAAAACAUGCAUGAACAAACCAACAUAAAAGUUUGCAAUCAGCAUUCCUCCACUGUGGAUGACAUAGAGAGCCAUGCCCAAACAAGUACAUGACAAUGGAUGAAGUCCGCGAAUUUGAACGAGCCACUCAGGAAGCCACCAACAAGAAAAUUGGCGUUUUCCCACCUGCCAUUUCUAUCUCGAGCAUUCCCCUGCUGCCUUCUUCCGUGCGCAGCGCCCCGUCCAGCGCCCCGUCCACCCCUCUCUCCACAGAUGCACCAGAAUUUCUGUCAGUUCCCAAAGAUCGACCCCGGAAAAAGUCAGCUCCAGAAACUCUCACGCUUCCAGACCCUGAGAAAAGAGCCACUCUGAAUUUACCUGGCAUGCACUCCUCAGAUAAGCCACGUCGGCCCAAGUCAGAGUGACCGCACCCGGAGAUCUCAUGGGUUUUAUAUUUUCAUUUUGUUGUUGUUGUUGUUGUUUUCGAAGAAUCUUCUGAUAUAGGAAAAGACUGCUUUGUCACUCAAACAUGUUCCUUUGAUCUCUGAGUGUGCAUGGGGUAAAGUAAUUUCACAAAUACUAUGAAUCCUAAGUAUGCCACACAGCGUCAUAGUAUAUUUCAGAUGUGAGACUUGCAAAAAACCAGAAGGGACCUUCUGUAGACACAGCUAUAAGUCAGGGAGGAAGCCUUGGUAUUGGGCAUUUGGUGAGGCUGGCAUGGACUUCAAGGGUAAAUAUAUGAAAACUUCAUACCACUUUGUUGCCAAGUGUGGUAAAAUAGUAAAGUCGAUUUCCUCCCAUCAGACCUGAAAUUCUCAAAAAAUACUCUCAGGCAUCACAAACCUAAUUGUUAAAUUUUGAACUGCUGACCACCAAUACUUGAAUACCAGUAGUUACUGAGAUUUUGAUUAAUCUGACUCAGGAUUUGGGGCCUAGUUAACUCCUUAAAUUUUUGAAAAUUUUAAUUACGGACGUAUAGAGGCUCCAACUGCAAUUGAUGAUAACUUAUUUAUACCUUUCACAGAAUUUAAUAAUAAAGAUUUCCACUUGUUUCUGCCUUUUAAUAACUUUCCCCUUGUGCCCUUGUGGCCUCCGAAAUCUUUCAGAAUUGCAUGAACAUAUGUGACUAUAACCAAUUUAUUUUGGAGUGGUUUAGUUUAGGAACCAAGAGACCCAGGUGAAACAAGCAUCUUUUUUUCUGUACAGGUACCAACAAACCUUGACUUGUCAGCUACCAUCAUCCAUUAAGAUUCUCAGAAUUUGCAAUUAACUGAAUAGAAUUCAUUGACUAUUUGCCCAUUUGAAGAUAUCCAAGGGUAGAAUAAGCUAACUGGGCUUUAACACUGUUAGAGGUCUGGUAUGCAGACCAUGAAAAAGGGAAUUGUCUCCCAUUCCUCUCCUGAUUUUCCUUAGUCAUCCAGACAUCCCUGGAAUGGAUCGCCCACCACCAGACCUUAGAAAAGACUGUCAUUCUCUUGCUCCUUCCUUAAAAUCCAAAUUUUGGAGCCUGGGGGUGUAGCUCAGUCAUAGAGCACUUGCCUAGUUUGUGGGGGUCCUUGGGUUUGAUCCCCAGCACUAUAGAAAGAAAGAAAGAUCCAGAUAUUAGGAAUGUUGCAGAAAUCAGUAAAUACUGCCAAGGGAGAGGAGAGCCUGAGCAGAACUGGUGGCUCCUAUUUGUAAAAAGAAGGAAUGAUAGCUGGGCGUAGUAGCACAUGCCUGUAAUCCCAGCAGCUUGGGAGGCUGAGGCAGGAGGAUUGCAAGUUCAAAGCCAGCCUCAGCAAAAGCGAGGUGCUAAGCAACUCAGUGAGACCCUGUCUCUAAAUAAAAUACAAAAUAGGACUUGGGAUGUGGCUCAGUGGUCGAGUGCCCCUGAGUUCAAUCCCUAAGUACCCACUCCCCAAAAAAGAAGAAGGAAUAAUAAUAAAUGUCCAUGAGUCUUGCUUUCAUUUCUGCAAGUGGUGUGAAUGCAAGAUUCAAACAAGAUUGACAGGAGGCAAGAUCAUUCAUCAAAGUGGCAGAAAGAAUUCUCUUUUGGUCCAAAGAGAAAUCUGUCACUGUUGCACCUCACUGCCUUUAAACACAGAAGGAAGGGCAAGCAGAAUCUCGGCAUUGAUAUUUGUCCUUCACGAGAGGAAGAAAACAAGGUAACUGGGCAACUCCUGAGCCCACGCCCUAGCUAGCCUUUCUGACCAUCACCUCCAACCUCAGGAAAGGGGCCUUCCCAAAACAGAGAUUCCAAAGGAAACAGUGUAGACCAAGGAGCAGAUUCUCCUUCCCUCAGCCUCAGUGGUGGCCAGUGCCUGCUCCCCCGACCCCCGCCCCCAGUGCUCAGCACUCCAUGUUGUCUUUUGCAGAUUGACACCCGCCCCCAAGGUGCAGGCGCUGGACCCAGGAGCCCAGCACCAUCGUUUCUUUAUCUAUAGUCUGACAUUUAGCUUAAAGGAAAAAUAGACCCAGUACUCAAAGGAAACCAGUCACAAAUAGCUUAGAUAACAGUGCAUCUUUUCCUUAAGAAUGAUAGUAUCAUAGUAAGAAAACCUCUUUGCAUGGUAUGGAAGCAUGAAUUUUGCUUGUGGGAAAACUUAAUCUUUUAUCAAACCCCUUGGACUUUUCAAUGGCUCCCUCUCCAUGCAGUAGUACUUAAUAAGAAUGUUUGGCUUUAGAAAGCAAAAUUCUACUUUCAGAAGACAAGGAGAUAGCGUAUGUAUUUGCUUACUGUCUGCGAGCUGAAAUCAAGGUAGGGGUGGGAUCAUUAUUUUCACAUAGAACAAAUUUAUUCUGUGCAGGUUGUUAACACAUCUGGCACCUAGUUUUUCCAUUAAUACCAUUGCUGUUUUCCCUUUUUAUAAAGUAGCUUCUGCUGUCAAAGUCAUUAAUUCAAUAUGCUUUAGAAAGCUAAUUUCUGAUUUCCUUUUGUGAGCUUUCUUUCUUUUAUAGCCAGUAUAAUACCACAGACAUCAAUUGCGAAGCUGCCCAUGAUGGUGUGAUUCUUAAGUAACAAAGUGGGUGUGCUCUUAACAUACGUUCAGUUUUUCUGUCUACAUAUGAUUUGUGUGCAGUACAAAAUGGGGGUGUGCAGAUAUUCCUUUAGCUGCUUUGAAUAUUUAAUCUAGUCAUAACAUGGCAUAAAUGACUUCAAUAUUUUACACAUCUUGGUUUCCAAGUGUCAUUUCACCUUCUCCAUAUGCGGAUUUGUUAUUGUGGGAUACAAGCCUGCGAUGAAUGUGUACAUAGAACAUUAAUAAUUCUUAUAAGGAUGGAAAUUAAAUGGCUGCAUGAUGGAAAUUAAGAAGAAGAAGAAGAAAAAAAAAAGCAGAAACUUGAAUUUGCUAAGCAUGUUUGAGGAAAAAUAGAAUCCUUAAC